AUGCUGUCGAAGACCUCACUUGCUCUAAUUGGAGCUGCCGCGGUGGCUGCACACAGUAGCCAUGGGCCCCAGAGUCCGAUCUCGGGACCUCACCAGUCACUGUGGUACAAUGUUCUGCCUGGUGAUGGAGGCACUCAGGCUGACUCUGUCUUCUCUGGUAUCUCGACCUUCGGGCGCCUGCCAUAUGCGCAAUGCCUGUCCCCUCAGAGCAACGCGAAGUAUGACAUCGCCUUCAUCGGCGCACCUUUCGACACUGGCACUUCGUACCGCCCGGGAGCUCGCUUCGGCCCAUCUGGUAUUCGUCAGGGUUCUCGAAGGUUGAACCUCUACGGAGGAUACAAUGUCCCCCUCGACACCAAUCCAUUCAACAGUUGGGCCACAGUGCUUGAUUGUGGAGAUAUCCCAGUAACUUCCUACGACAACACAUGGGCUCUUCACCAGAUCGAGGAGGGUCACUACAGUAUCCUUUCCCGUGAUCCAGCUACUGACGCCGACAAAUUCGGCCCGGCAAAGAAGGGCAAGGUCUUGCCUAGGGUGAUCACGCUCGGCGGAGACCACACCAUCACACUGCCCCUGCUGCGGUCUAUCAACAGAGCCUACGGGCCUGUCUCUGUCAUCCACUUCGACUCCCACCUUGACACCUGGCGCCCCAAGGUGUUUGGCGGCUCACCCUCUGAGGUCGCCAGCAUCAACCACGGCACCUACUUCUACCACGCCGCGCAGGAGGGCCUGCUGAAGAACGACUCGAACAUCCAUGCUGGUAUCCGGACGACUCUGAGUGGGCCCUCGGACUAUGACAACGAUGGAUACUGCGGCUUCCAGAUUGUCGAGGCCCGUGAGAUCGACACCAUUGGCAUUGAUGGAAUCAUCAAGAAGAUCAGGGAGAGAGUCGGGACUACGAACCCUGUGUACCUUAGUAUUGACAUCGACACUCUGGAUCCUGCUUUUGCCCCUGCCACGGGCACCCCCGAGACUGGAGGGUGGUCCACGCGCGAGCUACGGACCAUCUUGCGCGGUCUCGACGGCAUCAACCUCAUCGCCGCUGACAUCGUCGAGGUUGCCCCCGCCUACGACACCAAUGCUGAGCACACGACCAUGGCUGCUGCCGACGCUCUCUACGAGGUCAUGUCGAUGAUGGUCAAGAAGGGCCCUCUGAGCAAGACUGUCGAGCAGGGCAAGGAGCCGGAGCUGUAG